CACCGUACGACAUCAAUUCAGCCGUCGUCGAUAUGUGAGGCUGCAGAAUCUCUGCAUACCACUGGUGGAAUUAUGGAUUCUGUGAGGUGAGCACAAUCAAAAAACAUAUUGUCAUCACAGAAGUAGUUGCAUCCGCUGGGCUGAAAUUCUCUGUGAGAACAAUAAAAACUUCUACUAUUGAUGAUUUUCCUCCUUAGGCAGGGAAUUGAUGACCCCUCAAGUUACCCCUCCCUCGGGUAUCUGAUUUCAUCCUUGGCUUGACGAGCACUCGACCCCACUGGUCUUGGUUCGGUCGAAAAAUCGGAAAGAGAGAAUAUAAUCUCUCUGAUUGGUCGAAAAGUUAUUACAUAAUCAACAGACACCUAAGUUAACCAUCUCUAGGUACUUAUAAGAAUUAAUUUUAUAUACUCAAGAACCAACUAGUACUCAACUCAACCCAAUCGUGGUUAAGUUUCGUCCAAAUACUCGUACAAUCUACUUUCUGCAGUAUCCCCAACAUGGCACCACUUCCUAAGCACCUCACAGGCGACCAAGCCUCCAUCGAUGAGUUCAUCAACCAAUUUGACGUGCGUUGAGUUAGUCCCGAGUCUUAUCGAUCAUUCCCGGAGAGCCACUGACAUACGACACAGGUCUUCUUGUUCGAUUGCGAUGGUACGUUUGCAUCUCACGAAGCACUGCAUAUGUGCUAAUAUCAAUGGAAAGGCGUCCUAUGGUCUGGCGAUCACUUAUUCCCCGGAACAGUCGAGACUUUGGAGCUAUUGAGAUCUAAAGGUAGACCGGUCAUUUGUCAACCAUAUUGUUCCACGAAGCUGAUUAUCACAAGGGAAAAAAACCGUCUUCGUUACCAACAACUCGACAAAGUCCCGUGCCGAUUACCUAAAGAAACUCACCAGUAUGGGCAUACCUAGUGUCGAGGAAGAAAUAUUCGCUUCCGCAUACUCUUCCGCUAUCUACAUUUCGAGGAUCUUGAAGCUUCCUGCACCAAAAAACAAGGUGUUUAUCAUUGGAGAGGCCGGUAUUGAGACCGAAUUGAAGUCAGAAGGCAUAGAGUUCCUCGGUGGAACAGACCCAGCACUUCGACGGGAUAUAACCCCAGAGGACUAUACAAACAUUGCCAAUGGCUCGAUGCUGGACGAGAAUGUCGGAAUUGUGUUGGCUGGUUUGGACUUCCACAUAAACUACCUUAAGCUCGCUCUGGGAUAUCAAUACCUCGCCCGAGGAGCCAAAUUUCUGGCUACCAAUACCGAUAGUACUUUGCCCUCAGCCAAAACUUUCUUCCCCGGAGCUGGCUCAAUUUCAAUUCCAUUGGUCAACAUGACAGGCCAACAGCCCCUUUCCACAGGCAAGCCAAGUCAAGCCAUGAUGGAUGCUAUCGAAGGGAAGUUCCAAUUUGAUCGCAAGAAGGCUUGUAUGAUUGGAGAUAGACUAGAUACCGAUAUCAAAUUCGGUUUAGAAGGCAAGCUUGGAGGGACCCUAGCUGUCUUGACGGGUGUUUCCAAGAAAGAGCAGUGGGAAGUUGACGAUGCGCCGGUUAGACCACAUUACUAUGUCGACAAGUUGAGUGAUUUGAUGGGAUAA